AUGGCUACUCGCAUCCCCAUCACAAAAGACACAUAUAAUUUUGAGGAUAGACAGAAAAAGAUAUGGGAGGACAUGGAAAGGGAUAUGGAAAGAAGAAGGAGAGAAUGGGAGGAUGAAAUUGAUAAAAUGAGAAAAGAGUUUUUCCACCUUCGUCCUGAGAACUCAGAAUUUGGCAGACUCCACGGAACAGGGACAUUAGCCAGACUGCCAACACGGACGUCAGGAAGAAUCUCCGAAGCUGACGAUGGCAAAGCUAUCAUUGAGAAAGAUGACAAGGGACAGCCAGUAUUUAAGGUUCGCUUCAAUAUGAAAGAAUACAUGCCGGAGGAAAUGAAUGUAAAAAUGGACUCAAUAAAGAUCAUGGUGUAUGCCAAGCAUGAGGAGAAAGGUGAAGGUUCAAAGGUCAGCCGAGAAUACAGCAGAGAAGUAAAUAUACCCAGGGAUGUGGACCCACUUUCAUUACAGUGCACCCUCAACCCAGAUGGCUACCUGGUGGUUCAUGCCCCUCUGCCUGUACCUAGCUACAAUGCUAUUAAAGAUUCAAGCAUUGCCUCUCAUAGUCCUCCUAUUUCUGUCAAGUCUUCUUCCUCCUACAACACCUCAUCCACAGGGCCUUCUAAACCAUCAUCUGCAUUUACCUCUGGCCCAGCUUCUGCAUUUUCCCAGCAGCAGCAGCAGCAGCAGGUUCAUGCUCAGACGAUUAAUCAGCAGCAUGCAGCGGCACCUAAUGUCGGCAACACCAGGCCACCGGCAACAUUCACCCAGCCCAAAUAUGGCCAGGGAGAAACCAUCAGCCACCCAGAUCAUGUGGUGCCAUCUUAUAAACCACCUCCAGACUUGAGCAAGCUGGACAUGCCUGAGAGUGCCCUGCCCAGAAGCUCCAGUCCCUCUUACCAUUCAACUUCAUCCUCACACUUACAGAACUCUAGCUUUUCCAAACUUCCGCCUUUCAGUACUCUGAGUUCAACUUUCCCUUCUGGCCCUAUCUUUCCAGAGUCAUCAGCGCAAGCACAGCUAAGCACACCUGCAGUCACCUCCCACGAUGGCAAAUUCCAGCUGACAAUGCCCAUAGAAGACUUCAGACCUGACGAGCUGACGGUGAAAACCCAGGACAGGAAAGUCAUCAUCUGUGCUAAAAGAGAAGUCAGUUCUGGCAAUAGGGCCCAGACAAUGGAGAUGAGUCGGGAGCAUAGCCUCCCUGAUAAUGUGGAUCCUCUGACAAUAAAGGCUUUCUUCACAGACACCAAUAACCUGAUUGUUGAGGCUCCAUUCAUGUGA